AUGAGCGGAGGUGCGAUCGACCUCUACGAGGUCCUGGAGAUUGAGCGAAGCGCAAGCAAAGACGAGGUCCGAAAAGCUUAUCGCAAGGCAGCCCUCGCAAGCCAUCCCGAUAAAGUCCCCGAAGACGAACGCGAAGAAGCAGAGGUGAAAUUCAAGUCGGUCCAAGAAGCCUACGACAUCCUUUACGAUGACGACAAGCGCCACCUCUACGAUACCCACGGUAUGGGUGCGUUCAAUGGCUCCGGUGAGCCUGGCAUGGGCCCCGGUGGCCCCGACCUCGACGACAUCCUCGCGCAGAUGUUCGGUGGCAUGGGUGGCAUGCCUGGUAUGGGCGGUAUGCCCGGCGGUAUGCCCGGCGGACCCCGCGCGAACAAACCCCGGAGAAGUCCCAACGAAGAGCAGAAGUACGAAGUGAGCCUGGAGGAUCUGUACAAGGGCAAGACGGUCAAGUUCGCCAGCACCAAGAACAUCAUCUGCAGCCUGUGCAACGGGAAGGGCGGUAAAGAAAAGGCGCAGGCCAAGAAGUGCUCGACGUGCGACGGGCAUGGUGUCAAGCAGGUGCUGCGACAGAUGGGGCAGUUCUUGUCCCCGUCGACUGUCGUCUGCUCGACCUGCAGUGGCGAUGGCCAGUUCUUCAGCCCCAAGGACAAGUGCAAGAAGUGUAAGGGGAAGAAGACGGUGGAAGCCAAGAAGAUGUUGGAGAUCUACGUGCCUCCGGGGGCGAAGGAAGGGGAUAAGAUUAUUUUGGACGGUGAGGCGGACCAAGCACCGGACCAAGAGCCCGGAGACAUUGUCUUCCAUCUGGUUGAAGAAGAACACCCGAUCUUCCGGAGAUCUGGAGCCGACCUCACGGCCACCAUCGAAGUCACUCUGGCCGAAGCGUUGGCCGGAUUCUCCCGCGUCGUGGUCAAGCAUCUCGACGGGCGCGGUGUGGAGCUCAAACACCCCCAGAAACCGGGCCAGGUCUUAUCGCCCGGACAGGUCCUGAAGGUUCCCGGGGAGGGCAUGCCCAUCAAACGGAGCGACUCUCGGGGUGAUCUGUACUUGAUCGUCGACGUCAAGUUCCCCGAUGAGAAAUGGAAGCCGAGCCCCGCCGUGCUGGCGAGCCUCAAGGAGAUGCUGCCUCAGCCAGGCCCUGCCAUCCCGGCAGACACCGUGGACGAGGUAGCAUACGACCCGAAGGGCAACAUGGAUGAGUUUGGGUCCAAUGACCAAGGGGGGUCUGCAUGGGAGGACGACGACGAUGAGGGUGAGACGGCGCAGUGCACGGCGCAGUAA